AUGCCGCGCGGACGACGCGCGCGCGCGCCGCGCGACGACGCGCGCGACGACGACGAACUUCGCGACGUCUCGCCGAGCGAGGCGUACGGAUUCGCCGGCAUGGCGCUCACGACGCUCGCGUUCGCGCUCUGGCUCGUCGGCGUCUUCGCGAGCGAAGCGGCGCUCGAGCGGCUCGGCGCGCCGUCGGGCGCGGCGGCGAGGCACUACGCGCGCGCGCUGCCGAUGUGGCUCAUCGCGAGCUGCCUGUACGCGUUCGUCGGGUACGAGUGCUUGAACUUGAUGUCGACGCCGGACGACGCGGCGACGACGUUCGGGGCGACGGACCCGGACCCGAGCGAGUACGUCCUGGACGGUGGCAGACGCGCGAACGAGACGUUCGAUUUAGACGAGGGGUUGCGGUCGUCGAUUCCGCUGUUUCGGGACAUCUCGCAGGCGGAGGUGACGGCGCGGAUGUUUCGCGAACGCGGGGACGCCGCGGCGGACGCCGAGGCGAAGUCGAGGACGCGAACGACGCGAUCGAGGUCGAAGAAAGCGUCGUGA